AUGAGUAAAACCGCUGUUGGAAUUGAUUUGGGUACCACUUACUCUUGUGUUGCCCACUUUGCUAACGAUCGUGUUGAAAUUAUUGCCAACGACCAGGGUAAUCGUACUACUCCCUCGUUCGUUGCUUUCACUGACAGUGAGCGUCUGAUUGGUGAUGCCGCUAAGAACCAGGCUGCCAUGAAUCCCGCCAACACUGUCUUUGAUGCUAAGCGUCUCAUUGGUCGUAAAUUCGACGAUCCCGAGACUCAAAAUGAUAUCAAGCACUUCCCCUUCAAGGUCAUCGACAAGGGUGCUAAGCCUAACAUCCAGGUCGAGUUCAAGGGUGAGACCAAGGUCUUCACUCCUGAGGAGAUCUCUGCUAUGGUUCUCACCAAGAUGAAGGAGAUUGCUGAGGCUUACCUUGGUUCUAAGGUCACCGAGGCUGUCAUCACUGUCCCUGCCUACUUCAAUGAUUCGCAGCGCCAGGCCACCAAAGAUGCUGGUUUGAUUGCUGGUCUUAACGUCUUGCGUAUCAUCAACGAGCCCACUGCCGCUGCAAUUGCUUACGGUUUGGACAAGAAGGGUAACAACGAGCACAACGUCCUUAUCUUCGAUUUGGGUGGUGGUACUUUCGAUGUUUCCUUGCUUUCUAUUGAUGACGGUAUCUUCGAGGUCAAGGCCACCGCUGGUGACACCCACUUGGGUGGUGAGGACUUCGAUUCGCGCCUUGUUAACUUCUUCGUUGAGGAGUUCAAGCGCAAACACAAGAAGGACAUCUCCAGCAACCAGCGCGCUCUCCGCCGUCUGCGCACUGCCUGCGAGCGUGCUAAGCGUGCUCUCUCUUCUUCUGCUCAGACCUCCGUCGAGAUCGACUCUUUGUACGAGGGUAUCGACUUUUACACUUCGAUCACUCGUGCUCGUUUCGAGGAGUUGUGCCAGGACCUCUUCCGCAAGACUCUUGAGCCUGUUGAGAAGGUUCUUAAGGACUCCAAGCUUGACAAGUCUCAAGUUGACGAGAUUGUCAUGGUCGGUGGUUCCACCCGUAUCCCCAAGAUUCAGAAGCUGGUUUCUGACUUCUUCAACGGCAAGGAGCUCAACCGUUCCAUCAACCCCGAUGAGGCUGUUGCCUACGGCGCUGCUGUGCAGGCCGCUAUUUUGACUGGUGACACCUCCUCCAAGACCCAGGAUCUUCUGCUUUUGGAUGUUGCUCCCCUUUCUCUCGGUAUUGAGACCGCUGGUGGUGUCAUGACCAAGUUGAUUCCCCGUAAUUCCACUAUCCCCACCAAGAAGUCUGAGACUUUCUCUACCUACGCUGAUAAUCAGCCCGGUGUCUUGAUUCAGGUCUUCGAGGGUGAGCGUGCUCGCACUAAGGACAACAACUUGCUUGGUAAGUUCGAGCUUACCGGCAUUCCUCCUGCUCCCCGUGGUGUUCCUCAGAUUGAGGUUACCUUCGAUAUCGAUGCCAAUGGUAUCCUGAACGUCUCCGCUGUUGAGAAAGGCACUGGUAAGUCUCAGAAGAUCACCAUCACCAACGACAAGGGUCGUUUGUCUAAGGAAGACAUUGAGCGCAUGGUUUCUGAGGCCGAGAAGUACAAGGAGGAAGACGAGAAGGAGUCCAGCCGUAUUGCUGCCAAGAACGGUCUUGAGUCCUACGCUUACUCUCUGAAGAACAACCUCAGCGAGGAGGGCUUCAAGGAGAAGGUCGAGGAGGGUGACCGCACCAAGCUCGAGAAGGCUAUCAACGAGACCAUUGAGUGGCUCGAUAGCAACCAGACUGCUGCCACUGACGAGUUCGCUGACAAGCAGAAGGAGCUCGAGGGUGUUGCCAACCCCAUCAUGAUGAAGUUCUACGGUGGUGCUGGCGGCGCUCCUGGCGGCGUUCCCGGUGGAUUCCCUGGCGGUGCUCCUGGCGGUGCUGCUCCCGGCGGCGACGAUGGCCCCACUGUCGAGGAGGUCGACUAA